GAUCGCUGCCGUUUCUAUUCCAUUUCGCUGCAACGUAAGGUAACAAUGUUUAGAAUUUUAGGCGUGUCUAUUGUCAGGAUAUCCUUGUUGGUUUUUCUAGUGGCCUUCAUGUGCCUCACUGGGAACUAUUUAAUCCACCGAAGGCUGUUCAUGCACCCAUGGAUCCAUUCAGCAGCAUCCCUCGCCAAAGACACACGGGGGACAAACGGGAAGAUCCGAGAGGGCGAAUCCUUGAACGCGAGGAUAGAAACUUCGCGGGGAGACGAUGGGAAAACGAAUCGGAAAUCUUCGGAAGUCUUCGUGGUUAUCCUCGCACAAUGGCGUUUCGGUUCGUCAAUCAUCGGAGAACUCUUUAAUCAGAACCCGAACAUGUUCUAUGUUUAUGAGCCGCUCUGGGUAUUCUCCAGAGAGGCUAUGCUUCCGAAUCACAAACUGACGGAUAUCUACGACUAUCAAGUACCUCCCAAGGAAAACUUCAAGCGCGUCUUACGAGGGAUACCACGGUGUGAUUUCAGUGAGGACUUUGUGACGGUAAUGAAUACAUCUGGUGGAAAGUUGAGGAACAAACUGAUUUGUGAGAAUACCGUCGACGUAGACAACUGCAAUAUGUCUAAUUCCUACUGGUUGGAUUCGGUGUGCAAGCGAAGUGGCGGUCGUGCCGCUACGAAGUUGAUUCGCGCAGACCUUAACACCAUCAAAUCCCUGAUCGUCGACGACAACAUCAACGUGAAGGUAGUCAACCUUGUCCGCGACCCACGGGGAGCAGCUGCCUCAAGGGUUCAUUACGACCUGGUCCUUAAUCACAGAUCCUUAGACCUUGUUGCGCUCAGUGAUCAGAUCCCGAAGAAGGGCCGGUUGGAGCCGCUGGGGUACCUGAACAACACACGUCCAGCUGCAGAAUCACUCCCUGCCAUGUGCGAUAUGAUGCGAGCCAACUUCCGAAAAGCAUCGAACCUUCCAUCGUGGUUAUCGAAUCGAUAUAAGCUCAUCCGCUUUGAAGAUUUCGCGGAAAACCCAGUUAAUGUUACCCAUGAGAUAUAUGACUUCGUAGGGCUUCCUCUGCCGACGACUGUUCGGGACUGGGUGGCCGAACACACGAAUGUCUCACACGACCAGCCGGAGGAGUCGGUCAUGUUUAGCAGUAGGAGGAACGCGAAGGACGUUGCGAGGCGAUGGAUGACGGAUCUCACCGCCCUUGAGAUAAGACAAGUGGAAGCCAUUUGCCAUGAAGCCAUGCAGCUUCUAGGAUAUGAAGCCUAUGAUGAGAUGAGGAAAUCAACGGAUGGGUUAACUUAA